UUUCAACGAGGGGCAGAGUGACUCUUUAAGCUGAUCCAUCAAGAAUUUAAAGUCGAACAAGAAUUUAAAGUCGAAUUAAGCCCAACGUAGGUACGAAGUCGAAUUAUCGAAAUCACUACCGCGAGGACCGAAUAGUCGCAACCAUGGCGGACCUAGCAGAAAGCACUGCUAAGCUGCAGCUUGACGAGGAGACGGGGGAGAUGGUCUCUAAGGCAGAGUUAAAGAAACGGUUAAAGAAGCGCGAAAAGGCGAAGGCUAAGGAAGCCGCAAGAAGUGAGGUGAAGAGCGAGGAGAAAUCCAAACCGGCACCGAAGCCCAAAGCGACCACAGAAGAACCAGCAAUCGAUCCUAACAAUAUGUUCAAGACCGGGUUUCUUGACGAGGUCUUCAAGAUCAGACCUAUGAAACCCGUUUUCACUCGUUUCCCUCCCGAGCCCAACGGUUUUCUUCAUAUAGGACACGCAAAGGCCAUCGCUGUGAACUUUGGUUUUGCUAGAUAUCACGGAGGCGAGUGCUAUCUUCGUUACGACGACACCAAUCCCGAAGCCGAGGAGCAGGUCUACUUCGAUGCUAUUCUCGAGAUGGUGGAAUGGCUAGGAUUUAAGCCCUACAAGAUUACUUACUCGUCCGAUAACUUUCAGAAGCUCUACGACCUCGCCGAGAAGUUAAUAGGACUCGAAAAAGCCUAUGUCUGCCAGUGUAGCGAUACUGAGAUUAAACUCCAGCGUGGCGGUGAAAAGGGAACUGCUGGUCCGCGUUACCGCUGCAAGCAUGCUGAGCAACCCGUCGAGGAGAACCUGAAGAAGUUUAGGGACAUGAGAGAUGGAAAGUACAAGCCUCAGGAGGCCUUCCUCAGAAUGAAGCAAGACGGCAACCCGCAAAUGUGGGACCUAGCAGCUUACCGAGUCCUUGAUAAACCGCAUUAUCGCACUGGAGAUACCUGGAAGAUCUACCCAACUUACGACUUUACACACUGUCUGUGCGAUUCAUUUGAGGGCAUCGUGAUCCAAAGCCGAGUCAGCUACGAAUGGCUAAAUAAGACCCUUGGAGUAUACGAGCCGAUGCAAAGAGAAUACGGUAGACUGUCAAUUUCUGGCACGAUCCUCUCGAAGCGUAAAAUCUUGAAGCUCGUAUCGGAGAAGAUUGUACGAGGGUGGAAUGAUCCUCGUCUUUAUACGUUAAUCGGUAUCAAGCGAAGAGGUGUUCCACCUGGCGCUAUUCUAGAAUUCGUCAACGAGCUUGGCGUGACAACUGCAAACUCCGUCAUUGAAAUCAAGCGUUUCGACCAAGCUAUCAGGAAGUACCUGGAACGAACGGUGCCGCGGCUGAUGCUUAUUCUGGAUCCCAUCCCUGUAGUUAUUGAAGAUGCCGACGAUCUCGACGGGAAGGGUCUUGCGUUUCCAUUUAGUCCGAAAGACCCUAAAAUGGGCUCCCACGAUGUCACAUUUAGCAAGACUAUUUACAUUGACCGCUCAGAUUUUAGAGAGGACGCAGAUCCAUCAUUCUUCCGCCUUGCUCCCGGAAAGACUGUCGGACUUCUUCAAGUACCGCACCCGAUAAAGGCAGUGUCAUUCACCAAAGACGACGCGACAGGAAAAGUUACUGAAAUUCGGGCAGUAUUUGACAAGGAGACAAAGAAGCCGAAGGCGUAUAUCCAAUGGGUUCCAACCGAGGCGGCUGGUACUCGAAAAGCGGAAGUCAGAAUCUACAACUCGCUGUUUAAGUCCGACAACCCCAAUGAGGCGCCAGGGGGUUUCUUAAACGAUAUCAACCCGGACAGCGAGGUUAUCUACCCGAACGCGUUAGUCGAGUCUGGAUUUGACGAAGUUAGGAGGAGGGCGCCGUGGCCAGAAGCAGCAGGUGAAAGCGAGCUUGGUAAGGGAGGACCCGAGAGCGUCCGUUUCCAAGCGAUGCGCAUCGCAUACUUCGCCAUGGACUCUGACUCGACCGACGAUCGUAUUAUUCUCAACAGAAUUGUGGCAUUAAAGGAGGACGCGGGAAAGAGUUGAAGUAUCCAAUGAUAGCUGACUCUUGAUACCGGGAGAAUAUUGGGGAAAUGGGUAGUGCAGUGCCUGGCUCACACGAGGAGGUGUAAGUUCGUCAUAAAGGCCGGCCGCAAGUGUGAUAAAUUAGGUACCUGCUUAGUCCACUUCCAAUCCGUUACGCAGGCCUAGUUUCUAUCUUAGGUGCUUUUACUCGUCGAUAGCGUAGACUAGAAGAAAUUCGCGUAUUUGCUACUCCUUAAGCAGCUAUGAUAUCCAUAGCCUCUUCUUUUGGAGCCAAUAAAUUAUAUUUUCCCCAA